AUGCUCUCUCCCGACAUCGCUCCCAAGAAUAUACUCCUCACUGGCGCAUCACGUGGAAUUGGAUUGGCAAUUGCUCGCUAUCUGCUACGAGCUGGGAACCGCGUUCUCUGCGUCGCACGGACUCGCGAACCCCUCGACGGCCUGCGGCGCGAAUUUCCCAGAAAUGCCGAAAUAUUUAUCGGCGAUCUAAAUGAUUUCGAGGUCGGCCCGCGCGCUGUGGCCAAAGCCGUCGAAGUCUUCGGCAGCUUGCACGGCUUGAUUAUCAACCACGGUAGCGUGAGUCCUAUCAAACGUCUAGCUGAUUCGGAUCCUCAAGAGUGGCGGGCGGCAUUUGAUGUCAACUUCUUUAGCGCCGUUGCAUUUAUCCAACCAGCCCUCUCGGUCCUUAGACAAACGCGAGGACGUAUCAUUAUCACCUCAUCUGGUGCGGCAAUUAAAGCCUAUUCAACUUGGGGUGCCUAUGGUAGCGCUAAGGCAGCCCUCAACCACCUCGUGCAAACGCUAGCCAUCGAAGAACCACUCAUUACCAGUAUAGCUGUACGACCAGGUGUCGUUGAUACCGAAAUGCAGGCCGAGGUUCGCGGACAUGGCGCCAUCAUGGACCACGGUGACGCUGAGAGAUUCAGAAUGAUGCACCUCGAAGGCAGACUAUUACGACCCGAGCAGCCCGGAGACGUUAUGGCUCGACUAGUCUUGGGCGCCGGAAGGGAAUUUAGUGGAAAAUUCAUGAGGUAA